AUGCUAUUAGUUUGGAAAAGAGAACAGGUUUUACAAAGUGAUUGUUUAGAGUGGGUUAAUCAACAUAAAGUUAGAUUAACUGCGUCCAAUUUUGGCAAGUUAUACAAGCGAAUAAAAAUGCCUACGGAGAUAGGAGAUACCAUCAAAUUAAAGGUCGAUAGCGAAUACUAUUGUCAAGUCCAGGGUCAGUUGGCACUCACUGGUAUAAACUGGUGUGAUUUUUGUGUGUUUUUAUCUGACUACAGUUACAAACUUAAAUAUAAAUGGAGUCGAGAAUAA